CCCCAACCCCGUCGCUCGUCUUCCUCGAGCGAGCGCCGCCACCCCUCUCUCCCCAUCCCGCUGUCGAGCGCCCCAGCCCCCUCGCUCCGUCGUUCGUCUUCCUCCUCGCGAGAGCUCCUCCGUCGCAGAUUCAGAAUGCAAGGAACUUCAGUGGUCCAUGCAAGCUUAAAUCUUUGAUUGGCCAGUAGUUUUGCAAUCUGGCCUUCAGGUUUCAGUCGUCAGAGUAACAACCUGAAAGACAAUGCCUCAAACCCUCCCAGCAAUCCCCAACAUCCAACAAGUGAAGCAGUAUUCUGAGAAUGAUUCCUCUCUGGAUAUCACCAGUUCGAGUAAACCCAGUACACCACCAGAAUCAGCUCCCUCGAGCAAUCCAAAAAAAGACCUGGAGUCAAAUAGGCAGAAACCAACUCGCCAGCUAAAUGAGUCUGUCGAUCUCAAAUCUAGCAAGGUUCCUGCAGAUGCUGAAAAGGAAGUUGUGGAAAAUGGAAUUACAAGUGGAAACUUGAUGUCAGACUCAAUGUUUGACAAGGAGCAUGCAAGUCGAAGUGCUAGGUUGAUCGGAAGAUGUGAGACUGGGGAAAGAGGUGUUAGCAGCAGAUGCAGGCCGAGUACAGGCAGUGAUGUCAGUGAAGAAAGUGCGUGCAGCAGUAUUAGUAGCACAAGCAAGCCUCACAAGGCAAAUGAUUCACGGUGGGAGGCAAUCCAAAUAAUCAGGAGUAGAGAUGGGAAUCUCGGCCUGAGCCAUUUUAAGCUAUUGAAGAAGUUAGGCUGUGGUGACAUCGGCAGUGUGUAUCUCUCAGAACUGAGUGGAACAAAGAGCUAUUUUGCAAUGAAGGUUAUGGACAAGGCAUCACUUACGGGCCGUAAGAAGUUGCUUCGAGCCCAGACUGAGAAGGAAAUCUUGCAGUGCCUGGAUCAUCCUUUUCUUCCAACAUUGUACACCCACUUUGAGACUGAUAAGUUUUCAUGCCUGGUCAUGGAGUUUUGCCCUGGGGGAGAUUUGCAUACUCUUCGACAGAGACAGCGUGGCAAGUAUUUUCCAGAACAAGCUGUUAAAUUCUAUGUAGCAGAAAUCCUACUUGCAAUGGAGUACUUGCACAUGCUUGGUAUCAUAUAUCGUGACCUCAAGCCUGAAAACAUCCUUGUCCGUGAGGAUGGACACAUCAUGCUAUCCGACUUUGACCUCUCACUUCGCUGUGCAGUGAGCCCGACUCUAAUCAGGUCAUCUAACCCCGAUACAGAAGCACUUCGGAAGAACAGCCAGGCCUACUGUGCUCAACCAGCUUGUGUAGAGCCAUCCUGCAUGACACAGCCAUCUUGUGCCGCACCGACCACAUGCUUUGGUCCCCGAUUCUUCUCCAAGUCAAAGAAAGAUCGAAAACCGAAACCUGAAGUUGUUAACCAGGUCAGACCCUGGCCCGAGCUCAUGGCGGAACCUAGUGAUGCACGGUCAAUGUCAUUUGUUGGCACACAUGAGUACUUGGCCCCAGAGAUUAUCAAAGGUGAGGGCCAUGGCAGCGCUGUCGACUGGUGGACCUUCGGUAUAUUCUUAUAUGAGCUUCUGUUUGGAAAAACACCAUUCAAAGGCUCAGCAAACCGAGCGACGCUGUUCAAUGUCAUCGGUCAGCCAUUGCGUUUCCCUGAAUACCCGGUCGUGAGCUUCUCGGCAAGAGAUUUAAUAAGGGGCCUACUUGUUAAGGAGCCCCAACAACGAUUGGGUUGUAAGCGUGGUGCCACGGAGAUAAAGCAGCAUCCAUUUUUUGAGGGUGUUAAUUGGGCAUUGAUACGCUGUGCAAGCCCUCCAGAGAUUCCAAGGCCAGUUGAGAUUGAGAGGGCUCCAAAGUUGCCCGUGUCGACAUCUGAGGCUGCUGCUGCUCCUACUGGUGCUGCCCAGAAAGGCUCAGAUAACUAUUUAGAGUUUGAUUUCUUUUAGUGAACAGAAUGUUCCAUUUUCAUUUGUUUGCAUAAUUGGAAGUUUCUAGGCUUUUCACUUGUAUGUGUCUGGCAGAUGAUUGGUAUGUAGAUUUUUGUCUCUGUCAACCUGUUUUCUGUUUUCAAGCAAACAAAUUGGAUGUUUCGAAUUUAUACUGCUCCACAAGUUUUGAAGUGGCUAAUCUUCUACUUAGUUAAAGGCCCCUAAUUUCUGUGAUGUGCAGAAUGAA